AUGGGCACUCUAGUAGGACAUGUUGCUCCUGGUUUUGGUUUCUUAAUAAUAGGACUAUGGCACCUUUUCAACCACAUCAAACUCCAUCUUCAAAAUCCAAAAACCUACAUUUCAUCACCAUGGUUCCCAUCAUCAAAAUUCAAAUACCUUGAACUCUUCCUCAUCAUGGUAGCCACAACAUCUUCAAUCUCCAUGGAACUCUUCAUCGGCCCCGACCGACACCAACCCUUCGACCCCGACGGAACAAUCCCAUCUAACCAUCUCCACAACUUCGAACACGCUUCGAUCUCAUUGACAUUCUUCGUCUACGCCGUGUUCGCGAUCAUCCUCGAUAAACUCAAGAACAAAUCAAAAUCUUCCUUGACUCAACUACUAGCUUCCAUAGCUUUUUUUCAACAAUUUCUUCUCUUUCAUCUCCAUUCAUCCGAUCACAUGGGACCAGAAGGACAAUAUCAUCUUCUCUUACAAAUUCUCAUAUUUGUGUCCUUUUCAACUACUCUUUUCGGAAUCUCCAUGCAAAAAAGCUUCUUGAUUAGCUUCGUGAGAUCUUUGAGUAUAUUUUUUCAAGGCUUGUGGCUUAUGGUUAUGGGAUUCAUGCUUUGGACACCAAGUUUGAUUUCGAAAGGAUGUUUUAUGAAUCUUGAAGAAGGUCAUAAAGUUGUGAGAUGUUCUGAUCAUGAAUCACUUCAUCGUGCGGUUGCACUUGUUAAUAUUAUGUUUAGUUGGUUUUUAAUUCUUGUCACCAUUUUUGGUGUUUCUUUCUAUUUGUUUUUGACUAAAUUCUUCGAUGAAAAUAAGGUUCAAUAUUUCACUUUGGGGAAUAUUGAAGAAGAAGAAUUUGAAAAGGUUAAUGAUGACGUGGAAAAUCAAAAGGGGAGCUUAGUUGGCAACCAAAAGAGCUUUAUUCAUGUGGGGAAAAAAACUUUUUCACCUGUUGAUAUUGAAAGGUAA